UAAAAAGCAAAAAAUUAAUAUAUAUAAAAUAUAUUUUAUAAUAAUAAAUUGUAAAAAUACAAAUUCGUUUGUGUAUAUUAUAAGUUUUGGCCAACAAAAUAAAGUUUCAAUGUCUUUGGAAUAAAAUACAAAACAAAAAUUUUGCCUACGACGCCAAAAAAUUAUAAAGGAGACUGAUUGUAAAAGCUGGAAAUAAUUUACACAGUACUGGUGCAAAGGAAAUGUUGAACAGCGCUGCAGAAGAUCAGAAAUUCUUUAGGCGAAAAUAAAUCAACAAAUUCUAUUGCAAAUAAAAUACAAUAGUAAUUGACAAAGGUCUAAAAAAGGAAAUAUGAAACCGGCUAUAGGAAAUGGCAGUAUGGGUGUAGGAGGAGGUGGUGGAUUUUCGUCCAAUGUGAAUUGUUUUCCUGACAUAGAAGCGCCUCGUACUGAUUAUUCCUCAAUAAGAGGGAAAAAAGUAUUGGUCAGUCCAACGGAAGAACAAUUUGAGUUGUUAAAAAAACGUUUGGAGGAAAGAACAGAGGACAGUCGUGGUGAAACUAUAUAUGAAAUAGGUGUGGGAGAAGAUGGCGGUGAUAGUGGUUUAGAUGAAGAAGAAUAUAAAGCUGCUGUAGCUACAUUACAGUCUUUGGCCACUACCAUUGAUGCCGAUAUGGUAUUGCUUAGACAGCGUAAAGUGGAAAAAGGUUUAACCGGGCAAUAUUUGAUUCGUAAACGUGUGGAUACAUCCGAUUUUAUGGAAAUUAGAGUUGCUGUAGUGGGUAAUGUAGAUGCUGGCAAAUCUACUCUAUUGGGUGUAUUAACACAUGGCGAAUUGGAUAAUGGUCGCGGUCAUGCUCGCCAACGUUUAUUUCGUCAUAAACAUGAAAUGGAAAGUGGUCGUACCAGUUCUGUGGGAAAUGAUAUUUUAGGAUUUGAUAGUAUUGGAAAUGUUGUAAAUAAGCCUGAUCAUGGCACUUUGGAUUGGGUUAAAAUCUGUGAAAAAUCUGCCAAGGUUAUUACCUUUAUUGAUUUGGCCGGCCAUGAACGUUAUUUAAAGACUACCGUAUUCGGUAUGACAGGACAUGCACCUGAUUUUGGCAUGUUAAUGAUUGGAGCCAAUGCUGGCAUUGUUGGUAUGACAAAGGAGCAUUUGGGCUUGGCAUUGGCGUUGUCGGUGCCCGUAUUUGUGGUCGUCACCAAAAUUGACAUGUGUCCUCCAAAUGUUUUACAAGACAAUCUGAAAUUACUCUUCAAAAUCCUAAAGUCUCAAGGCUGUCGCAAAGUACCCGUCAUGGUUAAAACUCCCGAUGAGGUAGUAUUGAGUGCCACCAAUUUCGUAUCUGAAAGGUUGUGUCCCAUCUUCCAAGUUUCGAAUGUGUCCGGAGAAAAUUUAAAUCUUUUGAAAAUGUUUUUAAAUCUUUUGACCACUCGCAUGACUGGUCAAGAUAAUUUGCCAGCAGAGUUUCAAAUUGAUGAUACUUAUUCUGUGCCCGGUGUGGGUACAGUUGUAUCUGGAACUUGUCUUCAGGGUUUAAUAAAACUCAACGAUGUUCUUAUGUUGGGACCCGAUCCUUUGGGUAAUUUUAUGCCCAUUGCUGUAAAGAGUAUACAUCGCAAGAGAAUGAACGUGAAAGAGGUGAGGGGCGGCCAGACCGCCAGCUUCGCUUUAAAGAAAAUUAAAAGAUCUCAAAUCCGCAAAGGCAUGGUAAUGGUAAGUCCAGAGUUAAAGCCGCAAGCAUGUUGGGAGUUCGAAGGUGAAAUUUUAGUUUUACAUCACCCCACUACCAUAUCAUCACGUUAUCAGGCUAUGGUACAUUGUGGCAGCAUAAGACAAACUGCCUCCAUAGUAAAUAUGUCCAAGGAAUGCUUAAGGACUGGCGACAAAGCUCAUGUCAAGUUUAGGUUCAUUAAACACCCGGAAUACAUACGACCGGGUCAACGAAUGGUCUUUCGCGAGGGACGUACCAAAGCGGUGGGUAAUGUUUUGAAGCCCAUUACUAACUCGGUGGCGGCCCAAAAUCGACCGAAACCUAAUAAAAUGCAAGCACGUACCCAAGGUCAGGGAAGUUCGCAUAAUAAUGCACCGCCGCAGAAUCAGAACCAAAAUCCCAAUAUACAGGCGGCAAACACUAGCAAUAAAACACAGCAAACUCUUAAUAAUGACAAUGAAAUGAAGAAUCAUAAAAAUGACGGUGUUUUAGAGGUGACUGUGGAUAAACGCGACAACACGCGGCAAAAUAACAAACGCAAUUCCAAGAGGCCAGUGCCGGUACCAUCAACUACAGCCAAUGCCGCUGAUGCUACCUCACAAUCUUCAAACUCACAACAUAUCUCUGGUAAAACCCAGUAAAAAAUUAAAUAACAAAUAAUUUGUUUUAUUAGAAAUUAACUUACUUAAAAUUUUAACAAAAAAUGAGGCAAAGCUCCAAAAAUAAGAAACAUUUUUCAAAAUCUAACGAAACAACAAAAUAAAUUGCUUAUUGUUUAUUGAAAAAAAAAUCUAUGUACAAAAAACCUCACAACAACCAACCAACAACAGUGAAUUUAAAAAAAUACAUUUUAAACAAACUGUAAACAAAAGAAAACUAUUUUGCUACUACACAUGUAAUCAUUUAAUUAAUAUACAUACAACAAACAAAAUAUGUAUUAAUUUAAUACAAACUCAAAUGAAAUUUUCUUUUUUUUUUGUUGAUUUUUCAAACAAUGAAUGGAAGUGUAUUUAAUUUUUUUUUCUAAUUUAGAGUUUUUUUGUUGUUAUUCUUUUAUUUUUAAAUACAUAAUUAAUUUUGAAGUAAAAAAUGUUAAACAAAAACUUAAAUAAAAAUAUUUUUUUUUUUUGAAAAA